AUGGACAUGGGCAGUUACAUUGCUAAUCUGCUCAAUAGUUCAGGAAAAUCUUCUUGUUUCAUAUAUAAUUGGAUUCAACGCAUAGACUACGAUAAAAUCACUGACGAAAAUGCCGAAAACUUCAAUCAAUCAUGCAUCCCAGCAUGUGAAUGUGUGGAAAAUCGAAUGUUGCAGAUGACUACCAGUCCCGAUUUCAGCGAGAAAAUCAAUUAUUCUUUUCGUGUAGAAGCGUCAUUUACUGACCUCGAGAUAGCUUCCGAUUAUUAA